AUGCGCACUCAUCCAACUGGAUUGAUAGGUUUCGAAUGCCAGAUUUACCUCAUCGAUCCCCAAGGUCGCUACUAUUCCAUAUACGAGGGAAUUGCCAGUUUCGAAAAGACCGAGCCAGACUUACAAUGCGAGGUCAUUGUUGAAUAUCUCGCCGAUAACCCAGAGCAGUUUUACCUUCAGUCCUGGGAAGGGACCUACUUUGAGUACUUUGGUUCCGGUGUCCUCAUUGCCAGUUUCAACAAGUCUAUUAUACCCAAUGCCAUACUAUUCACUCUACUAGAUGUUGCCGGCAUCAAGGACACUUUCGUAUUCUGUACUCCCUAUGGGGUCUUCAUUGUGCCCCAGCUCAAAUCAGAUCCCAACUUCGCUGACAGCAAGAUACUUGUGGUCACAGCCCAGUCCGAUUUGGUAUGGAUCAAGGUCAGCGAACCAGUUCUCUAUGCAGUGAUCACCAGCAUCAACUACAAUACCGAUCCAUCCGAGACCUCUAUCACCAAGUUGCAACCAGAAAUCGCGCUCUCAACAAUGGUUCACAAUGACUCCUCGUCGGAUACCAUCACCCAGAAUCUUACAUACUCCUACCUCGUCUCUGAUGUCAGCACCUGGACUACCACAAUCGGGGGAUCAUUGUCCACAAGAAUAUCUGGCAAAGUUGAAAUACCUUUCCUUGCAGAAACCGGAGUGGAGACCACAUACACUGUCAACACAUCAUACACAUGGGGUGGCUCGACCACCCAUGCCAAGACAGUGACAUCGAGUUCAGCCAUUGCCAUUCCUCCGAUGAAGAAGGUGGUGGCAACGAUUUUAAUCAAGAAGUCUAUAAUCGAUAUUCCUUUCACCUACACAAAGUCCAUUUGGUAUCGGAGCGGCAGGUAUGAAGAAGUCAUGAAGAGUGGUGUUUAUCACAACAUUGAGUUGUGGGGGGUGGAUGUCCAAGUCGAUGACUGGCAUAAAAUAGAAAUAUCUAAAACCGGUGAGUGA